AUGGCUACCCCCAGUGUCCUCGCUUUUGACACUGAGGGUCGGGCCAUUGACUUUGAGGUCUGGGUAGAUGACCUGCAGCUGUUCUUACAGUGCGAUAGGGCAGACGGCCUCUCUCUCUUUGACCUUACCUCUGGCGCCUCCCCUGCCCCUGCUGCUGAUGCUGACCCUACUGUUCGCUCCCAGUGGGCUACGCGCGAUGUUGCUGCACGUCUUGCUGUGCGUCGCCACCUCCCUACCUCUGAGCGUGCGCACUUUAGUCAGUACAAGAGUGCUCAGACCUUGUACGACGCUGUAGUUGCGCGCUACUCCUCCCCUGCCACUGCUGCACUGAGCCGCCUCAUGCUACCCUUCCUCUUCCCUGAUCUUGCCGCCUUUCCCACAGUCGCUGAUCUCAUUACGCACCUCCGCACUAGUGACACCCGCUACCGCGCUGCGCUUCCUGCUGACUUCUGCACCAAGAACCCCCCCCCCAUGUACAUCACUCUCUACUUUCUAGUCACCCGCCUCCCCGACUCCCUUCGUGUAGUCCGGGACCACUUCCUUGCGGUCUGUCCCACCACUCUCACAGUCGACAGCCUAGAGAAGGCCCUCCUAGCGGCGGAGAAGAGCAUCGUCGCUGUAGGUGCCUCUCAAGGUGACCCCCGCGCCCCCAUCUUUGAGGGGUGUUCUCCUUCCCCUCUCUUGCCCUCUGUCGCCUCUGCCGCUGCGGCCGACCUCGUUGGUCUUGAGUCGGCCGGUGCAGCGUCUGCCCCUAGCGGGAGACGUCACCCUGGCAAGGGCAAGGGGGGCAAGGGAGCGGGUGGGGCUAGCGGGGGCGGUGGCGGUGGAGGUGGAGGCGGCGGAGGGAGUGGGGGUGGCGGUGGAGGAGGUGGUGAGGGUGGGGGUGCUAGUGGCAGCAGUGGUGGCGGAGGCGGCGUCAGCGGCGGCGGUACUGGCGGGGGUGGCGGCGGUGGCGGAGGUGGAGGAGGUGGAGGAGGAGGUGGUGGAGGUGGUCAGAGUGGCACUUCGCAGCGGAGCGGCACUGGGGGUGGUCAGCGCCAGCAGCAGCAGCAGCAGCAGCAACGUUCUCGCGACGUCCCCACUCGCACCGGCGACCGUGCGGGUGAGCAGUGUGGGGGUGCCCACCCCACCCAGCGCUGUUUUGGCCGCCUGACGGACGCUUGGCGUCAGCAGUUUCCGGAGGCCACGGAGAUCCCCCGCUGGGGAGAGCUGUCUAGGGCUGGCGUAGCCAUCUUUGAUCUUGACUUUGAUGCUAUCCUUGCUGCCAUGUAUGCUGUGACUAUUAGUGAUGAGGGUGACUGUUACCGGUGUUUUCCGCCCGACCCGGGCAUUGCGACUGCUGCUCUAGGUCCUGGUACUACGUCGGCUUUGGCCUCCCACACCUUCACCCUUGACUCUGGGGCGUCUCGCUCCUUCUUUCGGGAUCGCACCACACUCACGCCGCUUAGUCGGCCAGUUGCGGUCUCCCUGGCUGACCCCUCAGGGGGUCCUGACCUGUCUCGCUUCUCCACUGUCCUCCCGUGUCCGGCGGCUCCCUCUGGCACCCUGUCUGGUCUCUACCUCCCCUCGUUCUCUACGAACUUGGUGAGUGGUGCUGACCUACAGGAUGCGGGAGUCCACCAGUUCACCCCUGCUCGUCAGCGGGUGACGCACUGCACAGAGGCUAGCACAGGUCGACACCUGGCUACGUUUACCCGUCAGCCAGGGUCGAGCCUGUACACACUGACCACUGCGUCCCCCCCAGUUACUGAGUCUGGUAGGGUCCCUGCGUCUGGUCAGGUGUUUGCUGCAGCGUCCAGGUCUGGUCCUGAGUUUGCCCCCUGUUCGUGUCGUCUCCUAUCUCACGAGACUCUCCUCUGGCACCACCGCCUUGGUCACCCCUCUCUCCUUCGGCUCAGAGGCAUGGCCUCCCGUCUUCUUGUGUCUGGUCUCCCCCGGUCCCUCCCUCCCCUUCCUCAGGGCCCUGGCCCUUCCUGUGUUCCCUGUGUCGAGGGGCGCCAGCGUGCUGCCCCUCACUCCUCCCAGUUUCCUCCGACUGAGGCCCCGUUGCAGACGCUUCACAUGGACGUGUGGGGCCCCGCCCGCGUCCGUGGACAGGGUCACGAGCGCUACUUCCUGCUUGUUGUUGACGACUACUCGCGUUACACCACAGUCUUCCCCUUGCGCAGCAAGGGUGAUGUCACUGAGGUGCUGAUCGACUGGAUCCGCGCAGCUCGUCUCCAGCUCAGGCAGAGCUUUGGCUCAGACUUUCCUGUUUUGCGUCUGCACUCGGACAGAGGCGGAGAGUUCUCCUCUGGCCUUCUGCGAGCCUACUGUCGUGCGCGAGGCAUCCGUCAGACCUUCACGCUUCCGGACUCACCGCAGCAAAAUGGGAUUGCAGAGCGCCGCAUUGGCAUGGUCAUGGACGUCGCUCGUACGUCUAUGAUGCAUGCGGCUGCCCCCCAUUUUCUGUGGCCGUUUGCGGUGAGGUACGCGGCGCACCAGAUCAACCUUCACUCGAGGGUCUCCAGGUCGGAGACCUCCCCAGCCCUGCUGUGGACGGGGAAGGUUGGCGAUGCGUCAGCGUUCCGGGUCUGGGGAUCUCGGGCGUUUGUCCGUGACUUGUCUGCGGACAAGCUGUCCCCUCGUGCUGCUCCCUGCGUCUUUCUGGGGUUCCCCCCCGACGCCCCUGGGUGGCAGUUCUACCACCCCACCUCUCGCCGUGUUCUGUCCUCUCAGGACGUCACGUUCGACGAGUCGGUACCCUACUACCGCCUCUUCCCCUACCGCAUUCCGUCCCUCCCCCCACCCCCGCUCUUCUUGGUACCAGGUCCCCCCCCGGUAGACCCCCUCCCCCCUCAGGGUCCUGCCCCUUCAGGUGUGUCCCAGGUAGAUGCAGUCGAGCCUGUCGAGGUCACUGGUGACUCUGGUGCUGCUGUGGGUGCUGAGCCUAGGGGUGCUGCGACUGGGGGUACUGUGCCUAGGGGUGCUGAGACUGGGGGUGCUGAGCCUGGGGGUGCGGAGCCUGGGGGUGCUGAGCCUGGGGGUGCUGAGCCUAGGGGUGCUGAGCCUGGGGGUGCUGAGCCUGGGGGUGCUGAGCCAGGGGGUGCUGAGCCUGGGGGUGCUUUGCCUGGGGGUGCUGAGCCUGGAGUUUCUUUGCCUGGUGGUUCGCCGGGUGCUUCGUCUCGCCGAGAGCCACUCUCCCCACAGGAGCUGCGUGAGUGGUUUUCCCGGCGCUGGAGGCGUACUGCUGGUGCUGGAGGUUCUUCGACUGCUGAGAGUGCUACUGUCGCGGGUCCCGGAGGUGCUCGUACUGUGAGUACUGGAGCUGCUGGGCCUGCGGGUUCGACAGGAGCUGGUGCUGCUGAGGGUGUUGGCGCUGAGACUACCGCUGGCGGUCCUGCUGGCGGUGCUCCUGGUGCUGCUGGGGGUUUUGGAGCUACUGGGGGUGCUGCUGGAGGUGCUACUUGA